AUGCCUAAACUCAAAUUUAUCACCCUUCCCUUGGUCAGGCUUAAGGCUGAGGUUCAUCAGAUCAAUGAGUCCAUCAGCCGGUUGAAAGAGCAGCUGGGCAAGUCGCAAGACGUACUUCAGAGAUUACUCCGCCUAUUAACAGCCAAGGAGACCGAGCUGGCUAUCAAAAAUCACAGCCUUUUUCUGGAUCGUGAAAAGUGCCUCAGUAGACGCUCCUGCUGGCCGGGAGGACCAACUGUCAAUGCGGCUCAUACUAUGCCUUGUUCUGGUGGAUCAUCUUCCUCCACCACAGCAAGGAACAGUUAA